UCUGAUAAUGGCGACCGUUGAAGGUGAGACCCCUGAGUUGAGCUGUCCAAUUUGUUUAGAAAAGUUCAACAAUCCUAAAAAGUUGCCUUGUUUACAUACAUUUUGCGAACUUUGCAUUCAAAGCUAUGUACAAGUACAAAAGUCAGCAACCGAAGAAGAGAACACCGCAUUCUUUCGGUGUCCUCUGUGCCGAUUUGAGACUUACUUUACAAACCUGUCUGGUGUAGAAUGGUCACAGAAGCUGCCAAACGAUUAUUUGAUAACGUCUCUUCUUGACCGUAAAUCAAAUGACCCCAACUCUAAUGAAAUAUACUGUGAGCCGUGCAAAUAUGCCAACGAGAAAAACGUAGCAACAUACCUCUGCAGAGAUUGCAAGGAAUGCAUGUGCGAUCAAUGCUACAACUAUUCACACAAACGUAAAAGAAACAAUCACAUGCACCUAGUGACAAGUAUCACCCCCGAUACAGAUUUGAAGCCUCUUGAAUCGUAUGAACCGUGUCCCGUUCAUAUCAACAAAGUCCUGGAAGUUUUUUGUUUUGAUCAUAGAAAGAUUUGUUGUAGCAUCUGCUUUGCAACAGAACACAGAACCUGUGAUAUUGUAAAAUCUUUGGAUGAAGUUGAAAUGAACGAAGAAGAAAUAAUUGAUGUAGAUGAUUUUGUAUACACAAUAUCUUGUGCUAAAGACAGUACUUCAACAGCCCUUAACGAAGCAAAUGUAAAGCUAACACACCUUGAUGAUAAUAAAAAAAUGAUGUUGCAGUCUUUAGUUGACAUCAUUGAAAAGACCAAGUCUCAUUUGGACACCUUGCAUGAAGAACUAAAAGUAUCAAUAGAAAAGACGUUUUCAAACACUGAACAGAGUCAACAGUUUGGUAUUGAAUGCAUGACUGCUUUUAAGAAAAUGUUGAUACACAGUCAAAAAAUAGCUGAAGCAGUUGAGGAGCAUGGCAGCGAAAAACAGAAAUUUGUCACUAUGGAAACGACAAAGAUGGCAAUUGAAAAACACUUUGAAAGGCUUCGUUUGGCAUUCAACGUAUCUGAAACUAGUACACAAUAUGUUUUAGAUUUCGAAGAUAAUCUGAUGAACGUCCAAAACUGGUCAAAACUAGCUUCCCUGAAUUCUCAACAAUCAGAUGACUCUUUAGCAGACAUAAACAAAACUCUAUGCUCGUUGGGUUGUUUCAAAGAUUACACAGUGUUUCAACACUAUUUCGCUUUGGAACACACAGUACAGAAGGUGAUGUUGGUAGGGGAUACAAAUCAUUUAUAGACUUGCAAACACUGAAAUCAAAAGAAAUGGGAUAUAAUUCCGAUGGUUGGUUUAAAAUCAAGGUUAGAUUAUGGUGAGUGAGAAGGUACAUUCACAAUGACACAUUUUAAUAAAUAAAUAAUCAUUUUGUGAAAUAUUUUGUGAAAUAUUCGUUCUGUGAUAUUGAUGUAAUACACAUGCUUAAUUUACCCUUGUAUACGCAUGCGAUUGCCAAUCAAAAUGAGAAACCUACCUUGACUGUAACAUUACUUUGUAUAUUUUACUCAAAUAUCAUUUCGAAAAUACCAGUAUUUUUUUAAUGUUACAAUAAUCACGCCUCUAUUUAGAAUUUUGUAAAUGCACAGAUGUGUAAAUGAUUAAUAAUAUUUGAUAGAGUAAUCAACUAAACAAUCGACCAUGGUUCCAUAUUGUGUUUAUGAUUGCAGCAAUGAACAGCAAAACAGUUUGAUUCUGCUUUUAAAAAUGAUAUACCUGAUGUGGCUACAAUUUUUGUUACUUAGACUCGAGUAAUCACCUUGUACAUAUCUUCUGCUUUGCUUUA